AUGUUGUUUUCUUUACUUAUUCUUAUUUGUGUAAAAGCGGGUCAUCUUAUGUCAUCAGUGACUUACGGAUACCUUACAGAUAUUGUAGAAAAUCAGUGCUAUCAAAUCCCCGGGACUUUACAACCCUUCCGGGCGGUGCUUGACAAGGGUAAUGUCGUUCUUAAUUUAUAUAAAGAAAAGAACUGUACACAUUACAUAGCAAAAAUUUUAGCCGUCAAUUCAGGUCUCCCAGACUUCAAUAGUUUUUUCUAUACCGAACGACUUCCAAAGAUCUCAGGAGCAAAUUAUAAGUUGAGUGCAGACCCAGAAUACGGGGUUAACUGUUAUUUCCUCAGCGACUGUGUUCCAAAUUACAGAGACUCUGUGAGAUUCAAUGUUACUAUUGAGGGAGAUGUUGUAAAGCAGAAUGUGUAUACGUGGGACGAUGAAGAAUGUAAAUCAUCUCCAAUCUCAACCAACACAUACAACUGUUAUGAAGUGACAGGAGGUCGUUAUAUGGACUGCUCAAGAUACUUCACAUACGACACGCCUCAGCAUUAA